CACUGUUUAAGUUUAAGCUGAUCUUAUUGAAACAUUAGAUAGUAUUUUAAUUAUUUUGAUGGGAGAGAUUAGUUUGUAGUUCAAACGAUUAUUGAAAAACGUCAUGUCAAAUUCGAAACUGUGUAAAGAAGGAAAAAGCAUUGAAGAAGUGUAUGUCAUAGCUAAGUAUGAUUACACUGCUCAAGGUAGUCAGGAGCUGGACAUAAAGAAAGGUGAGCGGCUGCUCCUUCUGGACGACAGUAAACAUUGGUGGAAAGUGUGUAAUUCCAAGAAUCAGUUUGGUUUUGUCCCAUCCAACUAUGUGAAGAGAGAGAAACCUUCCAUAUUUGACAGUAUCCGAAAAAAGGUUAGACGAAGAAGUGAGUCAAAAACAUCUCCAACUGACUCUCCAGUUGCUGCCAGUGAUGACUCCAGUAUAAGUUCUGCUCAUGAUCUCCCAUCAAGGACUAAAGUCACCACUCAUAUAAUAGCUGUAGCAAAAUAUAACUAUACUGCCCGACAGUCAGAUGAAAUUUCUUUGGUGAAAGGAACUCGUAUCUUAGUUCUAGAAAAGUCUAGUGAUGGAUGGUGGAAAGGCGAGUUUAACGGAGCCAUUGGAUGGUUUCCUUCGAAUUACAUUUUUGAAGAAGGUGAUGAUAAAAACGGUGUUAAUAAGUGUCCUCAAGUCUCCUUUGGAAAUGGUGCCAGUGUUUUAAAAGAAGGUGAGUGUUUAGACAUUGUGACAGCCUUGUAUUCUUACACCGCCCAAAAUAAAGAAGAACUAUCCUUUCAAAAAGAUGAGAACCUUGAAGUGAUUGAAAAACCUGUUAAUGAUCCUGGCUGGUGGAAAGCUCGGAAUCAAAAUGGUGAGAUUGGACUGGUGCCUAAAACAUAUGUUCAAGUGAUCUUGCCGCCACCAAUAGGAGAGGGAACUUUGGACUCAAUAGGCUCUGCUUCAUCUUUGGGCUGGAGGUGUGGGGCCAUAGAAGGUGCUUCUGCAGAUGUCACUCAGUUACAAACAGAGAUGACAAAUAAGGGUGUAAUGGCCUGGGAAGCCUCACCUAUGGUGCAAGCCAAAAAUCGAGGGCCUUUGCCAACUCCUGUAAUGAGACAAGACCUACUUGGCAGACCAUGGUACUUUGGUAGCAUCUCACGUAACCACUGUGACCAGAUGCUCAAUAACACUGCCCAGGAUGGAGAUUUUCUCAUUCGUGAUAGUGAAACAAAUGUUGGAGAUUUUUCUGUAUCUGUUAAGUCUCCCAUCAGAAAUAAACAUUUCCGAGUCCAUGUAGAAAACGGUAUCUACUGUAUUGGUCAGCGUAGGUUUAAUGGCCUAGAUGAGCUUGUUGAACACUACAAACGAGUGCCAAUCUACACCAGUCCACAAGGUGAAAAACUGUACCUAGUGAAGCCGUUUCCCAAGUUGUAGGUCUUUGUGGUAGAAAAUUUCUGGAAAGCUUAUUUUUUCAUAAUAGUUUUUUUCUUUUUUUAAAAAAAAAAAUGAUGUGUUUAUGCAAGGAUCAUUGAACUUCGACUAGAUUCUAUGUACGCAUGCGAGUGUUAAGCCAAGGAUUGUCUUUUUAAGGCAAGUUGUCAUUCAUUUAAGUCUUAACAGCUGAAUUUAUUUACAUGUUCAUUCUGGAUAAAAAGACUGACAGAAAAGUAUUCAGAAAUAUAACACGUAUGAUGCUUGUUGGACUGUUUAUGUAAAAUUAAUCGUAAACGAUGUACAGCUGAGUCCUACAUGCAUCUCUGGCAAUUCAUACAUGGUCUCUUGUAGUUCUUUGCUUGUU